UUGCCGCUGGUGGCAGGAGGCUGCGAGGAGCCGGCGCGGUCGCAGUCUCCACGGCGCAGGCCCACGGUAGCGCAGCCGCUCUGAGGUGGACUGAUAUGUGGUUCGUCUGUACCGAGUUUUGUUUCCGCUUCACCCAUUGAUGGACACUUGGGUAGCUUCCACCUUUUGGCUGUUGUGAAUAAUGCUGCUAUGAACAUGGGUGUGCACAGAGCUCUUUGAGACCCUGCUUUCAGUUCUUCUGGCUGUAGAUCUUGAUGGAGGAGCACGGAGUGACCCAGACUGAACACAUGGCUACCAUAGAAGCCCACGCAGUGGCCCAGCAGGUGCAGCAGGUCCAUGUAGCCACGUACACAGAGCACAGUAUGCUGAGCGCCGAUGAAGACUCCCCUUCCUCCCCUGAGGACACUUCUUAUGAUGACUCGGACAUCCUCAACUCCACGGCAGCUGACGAGGUAACUGCCCACCUGGCUGCUGCAGUGCUGGGGAUCAAACCCAGGGCCUCGCACAUACUAGGUCCUGUGGGAAUGGCUGCUGCUGCUGCUGUGGCAACGGGGAAGAAACGGAAACGUCCUCAUGUGUUUGAGUCUAAUCCGUCCAUCCGGAAGAGACAGCAGACACGUUUGCUUCGGAAACUCAGAGCCACACUAGAUGAGUAUACGACUCGAGUGGGACAGCAAGCUAUCGUCCUCUGUAUCUCACCCUCCAAACCCAACCCCGUCUUCAAGGUGUUCGGGGCAGCACCUUUGGAGAACGUGGUGCGAAAGUACAAGAGCAUGAUCCUGGAAGACCUGGAGUCUGCUCUAGCAGAACACGCCCCUGCGCCACAGGAGGUUAAUUCAGAACUGCCACCUCUCACCAUCGAUGGGAUUCCAGUCUCUGUGGACAAAAUGACCCAGGCUCAGCUUCGGGCAUUUAUCCCAGAGAUGCUCAAGUAUUCCACGGGUCGGGGGAAACCAGGCUGGGGGAAAGAAAGCUGCAAACCUAUCUGGUGGCCAGAAGACAUCCCGUGGGCCAACGUCCGCAGUGACGUCCGCACAGAAGAGCAAAAGCAGAGGGUUUCAUGGACCCAAGCAUUACGGACCAUAGUUAAAAAUUGUUACAAGCAACAUGGGCGGGAAGAUCUUUUAUAUGCUUUUGAAGAUCAGCAAACACAAACACAGGCCACCACCACACACAGUAUAGCCCACCUCGUACCAUCACAGACCGUAGUACAGACCUUCAGCAACCCUGAUGGCACCGUGUCGCUCAUCCAGGUUGGUACGGGGGCAACAGUAGCUACAUUGGCUGAUGCUUCAGAACUGCCAACCACAGUCACUGUUGCCCAAGUGAAUUAUUCUGCUGUGGCUGAUGGAGAGGUGGAACAAAAUUGGGCCACGUUACAGGGAGGUGAAAUGACCAUCCAGACAACGCAAGCGUCAGAGGCCACUCAGGCGGUGGCAUCACUGGCCGAAGCCGCGGUGGCAGCUUCUCAGGAGAUGCAGCAGGGAGCUACUGUCACCAUGGCGCUCAACAGUGAAGCUGCCGCCCAUGCUGUCGCCACACUGGCUGAAGCCACCUUACAAGGCGGGGGACAGAUAGUCCUGUCUGGGGAAACCGCAGCAGCCGUCGGAGCACUUACUGGAGUCCAAGAUGCUAAUGGCCUGGUCCAGAUCCCUGUGAGCAUGUACCAGACUGUGGUAACCAGCCUCGCCCAAGGCAACGGGCCAGUGCAGGUGGCCAUGGCCCCAGUAACCACCAGGAUAUCGGACAGCGCAGUCACCAUGGACGGCCAGGCUGUGGAGGUGGUAACAUUGGAACAGUGACAUGCAGCCCUAUCAUGGCAUCGUUUUCUAGUCUACUUCAAAUUUUUUACAUGUUUGCAGAGGUGCAAUCAAAUGGAAUUAAGUCUCUCGACUUGGAAGAAAAGUUUUGGUAACCUUUUUUUAAAAAGGAAGAAAGGCAGCAGAUUUUGGAAUCACAUUUUUUUUAAAGCACCACUUCUGGGAUUUGGUGGAGCAAGAAACGACACCGAUUUCACUGUCCAAAAAAGCCAAAUUGUGGCCGGACUUCUUUGUGCGGAAAUGUGUGUAUACUUAUGUGUGUGUAUGUGUGAGUGUGAAUAUAUGUAUAUGUGUACAUAUGGACAUACACAUUUACAUAUGUGUAUAAAGUAUAUAUGUACAUACAUAUAUAUGUAUGAAACCCGCAUGGAAUUAUCUGUAUGAAAUCAAGGUGAACUGUGGAAAAAUAACCCACCCAGUUUAGAGGGUGGUAGGGUACAUGGCCAGACACAGUCACCUGGUUUUGUUCGUACCAGGGUCAUGCAUUGAGCUACUGACAAACUCAGGCAGAGGUGACCACGUCCUUCACCAAAGCUGCCUCCCAGUGGCCGCCUAGAACUCUGCUAGAUUCACUCGAGGGAAGGAAGAUUCAGGACACAGUGCAGUCCAGAAAGCGCGUACGGAGUCCAGUCACCAUGUGCUUUGCCAGCAGAGACUCUUCAGGCUGGCCCAGGUGCUGACCUUGCCUCAGGAGGUAAAUGCCCUACAGGCUCCUGGCAGGGGCAAGAAAUCUCUCCUCCAGUCCCCAUCUCCUCCCUUCCCAGGAAUCCUCGGUCUCGUGACUAUUAGAGUUGCUUGGGUUGCAAGGGCAGUCCAGAACCAGUUCUUUAUGAACGGAAGGUAACGGGAGUGUUAAAGGUCUGAGGAAAUGCUUAUGGAGCAGGCGGGUGUAAGUGCAGGGCGUGUGUGUGUGUGUGUGUGUGUGUGUGUGUGUGUGUGUGUGUGUGGUGGGGAGAGCAUGGGAAGAGUAUGGGAGGGAAGGAGGGAGAAAACUUCAUGAACCAGGGUGCACCCACGGAGCCGUGCUCUCCAGCUGUCCAGCCGUAUCUUAACAGAGGAGACUGCCACCACAUAAAGGACUCUGCCUGAGGCUCACAGAUGUGUCAGCAGAGAAGGGACCCUGCUCCUGGUGUGGCCCUGCUCCAGGCGGACUCUGCAAGGACUGUUUCCCAGACCCAUCCUGGCAGCCCAGGCCUGGAACAGCUUUCCUGCUCACAGUGUGGAUUGGACUGAACGUUUUUAGUCACUGUGAACUGCUUUUCCAGCCGAAGCCCUGAGUCUCCAGUGGCUGAUUCAUCUGACUUCUUGACAAGCCAAAUCUCCGCUCCUUGCGUACAGGGACAACUCUCCCGCCCUCCUCCGGGCCCUCCCCCGUGUGUGACCGUGUAUUUAAUGUGGUGUUUUGGUUUUCGUUUUUUAAUGAGACAUUAAAAAGAUUCUUCAUGUCUUGCUCA